AGAGAGAGAGAGAGCAGAGCAGCCUACAGUUGCAGCUUGGACACGCCGCCCAAGAAACGCCAUUCUUCUCCCACGCCGGCCUAGCUUGUACGGCCAGCUAGCUUCCUCCCAUAAGUAGCUGCGCCGAGGAGAAGGAGCCGUGCGUGCGUUUCCACCACUUGUUGCCAAGAAGGACCCCCGGCUUGCCCUCGUCUGCUCUGCUCUCACGGCGUCGCAAGGUGGUGGUGUCUGGCCGGCGAGGCGAUGAAGAAGGGAGGGGCGGGGACGGCGAAGGAGGCGGCGGCGGCGGUGGGGCAGGUGAAGGCGGAGCUGGAGGACGUGGGGAAGGCGGCGGGACGGGCGGUGGCGGUGGCGGCGGCGGCGGCGCUGAGCCCGCUGAGCGAGACGCUGUGGCGGGAGAAGGCGGCGGUGGAGUUCCUCGGGGACGUGUCGGCGCGGCUGGCGUGGAGGGACCUCACGGUCACCGUCGCGCUCGGCAGUGGCGACACGCAGGCCGUGCUCCAGGCGCUCACGGGGUACGCCGAGCCGGGCACCAUCACCGCGCUAAUGGGGCCCUCCGGCUUGAAGUAUAAUCCUCGUUGUUAGGUUUAGUUCUUUCUAAAGUCACCUUAGCUGAAUAAUUGGCCGGCAGCGUGUGUAUGUCCACGUCCGGUUCAGUCUUUUUUCUUCAGUUAGUUCAGUUAGCGCCGGCAAGACCGCUUCCAUGGGAUGGCGUGGAACUACAGCGGGUUUGACGGCGGCGUAGUGGCUCGCGCAAGCUUAGCAUCGUGGGAUGGCACGAUCAGUAGGCUAGGUGUGCGUGGGUGUGAUCUCCUUUGAUUUCGGCAACUCGUUUGAGCUCUGCAUAAAUAACAGAAAGACCUAAAAAGCUGCAGUCAGUUAAGCAGCGCAAAAACUCU